AAAUGGCGGCGGUUCUGCAGCAGGCGACCCGCAGCAGCAGUAAUGCUAUUCCUCGCCAGACGACAAGGCCUGAGGUGUUGUCGUUCGAGAAGGAGCUGAGCUAUGAGCUGGAGUCGCUGGGAAAGCUCUGCAGUCGGCGCGCGGACACCGCUCUGCGACAGAGACUGUCCAACGGACUCUUCCAGCUGUGGAACAAGUACGAGGCGAGCAAGUACGAGACGAAACUAAGUCCCGAGUUCCUCGCAGAGAAACAGCUCUCAACAGGCGACACCCUCUAUCAAGCCAAGGAGUACCAGCUGGCCUCGGUUCACUGCUAUGGAAGAUACCUGCGAAGUCUUGAAGGAUACAAUAAAGACAGAGGCAGUGACUGGAUAGUGGAGUUCUGCAAGACUUCGAAACAGACUGAAACUGCCACUUUUGCUCUGCGAGCUGCAAUAGGAGACACUGCCAGCAGGUACUACCAUUACCUUCUGGAGAAUCCUGAUCCACAUUUUAUGUUUCCCCAGACAGUGUCGCAAGUUCUCUCUUUACUAAGACAGCUCCAGAGCUGCUCCCAGGCCUGCCUGCAGCGAGAAGCCCACUACUGGCUGGCCUACAACUCGGUCCUCCUCACCUACUCCAUCUCUCGCUGCCUCCUGUCGACGGGAAAGGUCUCGGCGGCACUGCAGCCUCUCCUGUGGGCCUCAGUCUGCACGGAGUCCUCCGUACCACUCCUGACUCUGAGAUACCUGCGACUGAGGGUGGAUAUCUACACUGCAGUGUGUCAGUGUUACUUCCAGCUGAAGGAGCCGCGACACGCAGAGUUGUUUGCACGACGAGGCCUGGAGAAAGUACACCAACUGGCUCUACUGGAACACCAGAGUAGCUCAGCAGCGACUGAGGCGAGUGAGAGGGUAUUCCACGAGGCGACCCUGAAAUUAGGAGUCGUCGUGUUUCGACGUUCGGUACUAGAGUCUCGACUGACUCGGAAGACUGUUUUUCGACCGAAAAAGAGACCAACCAUCAAAGAACUGCUCCAGCAGUUGUUUCCGCGUUCACCCACAGAGAAACUCCUGGUAGAGCUGUUCCCUGGAGAUGCUGCCAGAUUUCUGGCAGUUCUUGAGGCACUCGCCGAGCCGUGCCGAGACCCAUUAGCAAAGGGGCUUCCCCGCCCCAUCACUAAUCUCGACGCUGAUACCACUGCAGAUGUGAUACAGGAGCUGCUGUGUGCAGGGACGGACCUGGCUCUGAAGUCACUGCAGCACUGGGAGGACGAGCAGGAAACACAGGCCAAUGACACACCCCACGUCUCUCUCCUUGAAUCGGCCAUCAACAAGUCAGACGUGAUUCCUCUUGUCUCCAUCCUUCGCUACGUCCGCAUGGCGCUCUCCUACGACCAGCGAGAAGUGUGUGAUCUCCUCCUGGACAGGGCUCUGGGUGUGGCUGGGCGGAGUCCGGAGCCAGCAGUGGCCCGUCACCUGGUCUGUAUCAGACUGCUGAUGGCGGUGGAGGGAGUGAGGGGAGCUGGGGGGAAGAGGGUAACUCUGCCUGGAGGAGCAGAGAGUCAACACGCACUGGUAACCCAGGAACAUGGAGAUAAGCUCCUCAACCUCUCUUCACUCCUACACUCUGCCUGCCAGAACCCCGCCCUCCAGGAAUGGGAACGGGACCUUCUCCAGGACUCCGUUCUGUUCCUGUGGGACACAGUUCGUCCCGCCGUCAGUCAACUGCACUCCCACCACUUCAAUACCACCAGACCUUUGACCUCUUCACGCAGAGGAAAAGAGUAUGCUGGAGUUAUGGAGCAGCUGGUGGACAUGACUGAUUGGCUGGGGCUGUGGAGACCACACCCACUAAUAUGCGGGGAGCUCGUUAUGAAGCUGUCUUGUCUGAAGGAAUCUCUCGCCUCUCGUCCAUACCGCCACACCCCCUCUGGAGCUGGAGAGGGUUUUGCCGGUGAGAAUGACAGAGAUGUGCUACUGGAGACUCAGUCCCUCCUUGAGAGGGGACUGAGGUGGACCCACCUCUUCAGGUCCUCCUGCACCGGGGGAAAGGAGGAUCCAGUUGCCAUGAUGCACGGGGAGCUGUGCUAUGCUCUGACAAGAGUGAAGGUGAAACUUGCAGCUACUAUCCCUCCACCAGCCACUCCAGAACCCAGUCUAAAGCCGUCCUCACUCCACCGGAAGAUGCGAGAGAGGCAGGAGAAGGCAGAGAGGAGAGACAUCCUACUGUCCUCUCUCCCUGCCACCAGCACACCAGUCCCCUCUCUGGCUGAUCUGAAGACCCACUGUGGACAGAAUCACUACAGUCUGGCUCUCUUGUCCAUGCUGGAAGCUGCUCUAGCUCCUCCUCAACUGACCCCUGCACAACGAACCAAUCUACUCAAUGAGGCUCUCUCCUCGCUUCAGCAGCUCGAUAAUGAGCAGGGUCUUCCCCGUUCCCUGCCUCUCCCUGUCUCCUCUCCCUCGCCCCCUCCCCCACUCCUCCUUCACCAAACUCCCACCUCACUCACCUUCAUGCCAGCGCCCUGGAAUCCACCUCAUAACCAGCAGGUGGCCUACUACAGACUGUAUGGGAGAGUGGCAGAGGGGAGCAACGUGAAGGUCCGGCUGUCGGACAAGGCCUUCCCUGGUCUGGGCACAGAGGUGUCUGCUGGACCCAACUGCCAGCUGAAGGCCAGAGACCUCAAACCUAACACCCUCUAUGUGUUUGCUGUGGCGGCAUACAGCAAGAACGGAGAGCUCUUCGGUCGACAAACGGGACAGUUAUCGGGCCUGUCCCAUCAGAGGACGGGGCAGACGUCAGGUCACAGUAGUGGAGGAAGCAUCGGGGAAACUGGGCGUCCGAUUGUGUCAUGUCACGCUCUGCCCCUACUACCUGCAUGGUCUUACCUCUGCCAGUGUGCGUUUGUGGCUGGAGGGGAGGAAGUGGCUCUGAAAGCUGCCAGAACACUGUGGAAUCGUUUUGUGGAGACCGGGAAGAGCGACACUACACCUGGAUACAGGUUGAAGUCAACUGCCCUCACCUCCACCCCAAGCACACUCCUCCACCAUUUCGUCUACUCUGUCUUCAUUCACACCCACCUCACCUCCCCUCCCCUCCCCUCUUCCCCUCAUCACCGCCCUCACAACAAAGAGACCACGCCCCUGUCAGGCCCAGCUCCAUCGCCUGGACCUCUGCCGCCGCCUGCUGGUGGCCCUGGAGGUGUGCGGGCACAUCCAGGAGCCCUCUCUCUGUCUGCAGACUGUGGUGAUGGUCCACAGACUCCUCUCUCCUCUGCUUCAGAGAGAUAUCGCCACACUAGACAUUGCCAGGAUCCUGGUCCAGUGUCAGAGUGUGUUGAAUGAGCUGCCAGAGAGACUCCUGCUCUCUCACUGCUCACUCUCAACACAGGCUGCUCUACAUCACACUGUGCCUCCACCGCAUUCCACCUAGCCAAGAUGCUACUGAGAUGGAACAAGACACAACUCUUAAAGGAACUAUUGACUGGUGCAAAGGCCCUCCUCUUGCUAACUAUGCCCUCGGCUCAGUUGCGCAAUCCUGAAAUCGGCCUGGACCAGUCAAUAGGGAGUCAGGCUCCCUCACUGGUCAGCUACGUAACAGCCAGUUCCGGGAUCUUUCCGGGACUCCUGGUGCCUCGCGGGACGGGCGGAGACAAGAAGAAUAAGAGAGGAGGGAAGAGAAAGGCGACUCAGGCCUCUGAGCAGAUCCCCGACGAGAGCAAAGAGUCGAGAGUACAAGGCCUUUGAGGCUUUUACUGCCAUCCACUUGGAUGUGUUAGGUGGGCAGUCUCCCCUGGAUCUGUCUGACAUCACAGGACAAGAGGACCCUCUCAUCCUGCACUCUAUCAUUGCCACCACCCGCGCUGUACAAGCCCACAGAGAAGUGCACAAGUUCAGAAGACGGCCGCAGUAUCUGGAGUUCUUUGUCCAUCUCGCUAGCGCUGGAAUGGAACAGGGACUCCACCAUCUGGUACCGGAAUGGGCCCAUGAAACUUUCACCUGGCUGGCAAGGAGGAACGAGAUUAUCCUCACCACUAGACCGGUACACGUGGCUGGUAAACCCCACGUCAUCUCCAGCAGGCCGCGAAAGAACACCCUCUCCUCCUCCCAUCCCCCCACUACAAAUACCACCACUAGCAAGACCACUGCCAACACAACUCGCGCCACCAGUCGCUCACACUCCACCAAACCCACCUCCGCAGCUCUGGGAGAUUCACACCGAGGGAAGCCCCACCCACCGUCCAAGACCACGCCCACUACCUCCAAGACCACGCCCACUCCAGUAAGGCUCUGACGAGGCACAGCGGAGGAGGGGGUGGAGUUUUAGCAGUGCCGGCUACACAGGGUGGAGGGAAGACAGUUAGCAGACAGGGGAGAAGAUCAAAGAGAGGGCGAGCCAGUCUGCUGAAUGAGAGGUUGACUCGACUGCUGGCUCUGGAGGGAGUGGCAGUUACCAGAGAAGACAUCAUGAUGAAGGCCACCUCCGUACUGCAGGGUCUACUGCCUGACUUAUGGAGGAACCACAAGUGCCGGAAGAGGGUACGUGAGGUAUGUAGUGACGAGGUGGUCUGGAGAGCUCAGGCCAACCUACUCCUCGCCCAGUGCCUUCUCAACCAGCUACUGAAGAAGUUCAGAGCAGAAGACGAGGAGGAAGAGGAGGAGGUGGAGGGGAGGGGGGUGCAGACCGUUUCCCAUUCUCUGAGAGCAGGACUGAUAAUGGAAGGGGACAUACCCACCUACCCCCCAGUUACCCCGGGGUACUCUGUGACUCUCGGGGGAACGAAACCAGACCCCCUAACUGGGGAGAAAUUCACGCGACCCCCCAGCCCCGGCCUCCCUCGCUGCCCCCUGGAGGUACUGAGGGAACUGAUGAGGUGUAUGCAGAGAGCAGUGGUACUGGCUGGGAGAGGGAGACAGUGGCUGGUCCUGCAGAACUCCUGUCGCUGUCUGUGGAAUACUAUUCACUGUCUCGUAUCCUACCUGACGUCAGGAGAGAGGACCAAUACACCUCGUGCCAACAGAGAAGAUGGUGAUAUAUCAGUGGCAGCAGUCUACGGUCUAGCCAGCAAACCACUGUACAUGGCUCUAGAGGCAGUUACAGAUCUGGUCACUGCUUACGGGAUGCCCCUGCCAAUUAGACAGGACACGGCGCUGGAACCAGACUUCCUGUUCCUGCGACGGUUCUCUCUCCUCUCCCUGCACACCAUGCUGGCCCAGGAGCACUGGGAGGGGCUGGUGGCCGCGGGACUGAGACUGUGUGAGGGUGUGAGGGUGGGGAGGGAGUGGGUGGGGGAAAUGCUGCCCAUCAUUCUGGAGGGGCAGGCCCGGCUGGCGAGGCGGGUAACGGAGCAUUCUUCUGACCUACAGAGGAAAGCUAUUGAGCCAGCAGCUCAUUUUGACCCGGGGUCAGAAGGUCACGACAUAUACGGCAAGACGGGGCACGCUCUGGCGAGGGUGUGUGUCCCCCUCCAGCCACAGACAGUGUUGGACAGACUACAGACUACAGACUCGCCCCCUGGCCGUGGAGCAGGAGUGGAGAUUGUGAAGACGUGUAAGGUUCUACUGGCCCAAUACCUCUCUGGGUCAACCAGUGGUGGUCUUGAGGAAGCUGCGGCUCCCCCCACCCACCAGCUGCCCCUACUAAUUACCCACUACACUGAGGCUGUGUCUCAACUGGAGGCCAUCAUCACCGGUGGAGAAGACAGCGGUCAACACCAGGGGACAGUGGUAGUGCCGACUGCCUCCCUUCUACACGACCUGAGCUCACUACACUUACACAGCAACAACAGAAAAGAAGCUGGUGUCCAGUGGGAGAAAGGCCUGCGUCAACUGCUGCACUGCAGUGACGGCGAAGAACCCAGGACAUGGUGGAAGAGAGAUGAGGGAAGAGGGGGAGGAGGGAAAGAUAUUCAGAAAUGUGGAACAACUGGAACAAUGCUAGCCGCCGUUUUGGCUGUCAAGAUCGCCAGGUAUGUCCAUGCCAACAAAGCCAGAGUCUCUCUGCAGUAUCUCCUGACUGCUGCAUCUCUCUUCAGAAGUAUCCCAGUCUCUUCCCUCCCUCACCUCUCUCUCCCCUCCUCGUUCCUCCGUCCCUCCUCCUCGUCAGUCUCGGCCACCAACCUACCAGUCGGGAUAAACCUGUUUGACGACCCACUCCUCUGUGACCCCAUGACCUCUCUGGACUCACUUGCCUACUGCUCACGAGAACUGGUGGAGAGGAAAUACCCUCUGAAGGCUCUCCCAGUUCUGUGGCUGUAUUGGCAGACGGCUCACGGCCACUGCAGGUCUCCACCUCACACACUCCUCUGCCAGAGCCUCAGACUGCAGGCCCUCACUCACCUCCACAUGUUCCCAGAGGCUCUGAGUCUCCUGGGGGAGGUCCUGGGGGGCCGCGGGGUCCCCCAGGUCUCCUGUGACUGUGAUAUUCCCUCUGAUUCCUCUGACAUCACUGCAGCUGCUGCUGGCUUCAGUGACAGUCUGCCCCUCACACACACCUCCAAUGUCAAGGCCUUGAAGCUGCUAAUGAACAGGGAGCUCCCCACAUCAGUGGCUAGUUGCUGCGGAAGAGAGGCUCUCGUCCGUUUCUCUCUCGCCCGUGCCGAACUCUACAUUGCUCUGGCUUCCACCUCCCCUACCCUUCCUCCCGCCUCCGUCCUCACUAGAGGGUUCAGCACUGGUGCUACCCAACCCUCUCCUUCUCCUUCUCCGUCUGCAACGACACCUGUCCCUUCCCCCUCUGUUCUCCCUCCUCCCUCGUCUACCAAACCAGGCAGUCACUCAACGUCCGAGCGUCACACACAACUCAUCAGCUCCCUACUUCUAGAAAAUGCCGAGAGAACACUCCACAAUUCUUUCCUCUCUCUCUCCUCUCUGUCAUCCGCCUCUGAACUAAGAGCCCGCGGCUACCUCGCCCUCUCUAAAUUAGCUCUCUCCCGUCAUAAUAGCCCCACAGCCACCAAACUGAGUCUAGCCACACUUCGAGUGUUACAAUCUUCAUCAUUGUCCAUCUCGUGUCAUUCAGUGGCCCGCAGACUGUGGCUGGAGGCUAGGCUCAGCCUGACAGCUAGUCUAGUCGGCAAGAGAGAAAUAAACGGCGAAGCAAUGUUGGAUUGUACGGCUCAGUGUCAAGAGGGCGUGAAAGAGGCUGAAGAGUUUGGUGACAUGGAGCUGUGUGCUCAGUUUCAUUUUACUGCAGCUCUUCACUCUCUUUCCCUCUCUCCACCGAACGUCGCGGCGAUCAUGAGACACUCGCAGAGCUGUCUCCAGACACUUGCCUCACUCCCCUUCCUCUCCCCUCCCUUCUUCCUCCUCCACGCUCGCUCCACGCUGCUCCUCUGCGACGCUGGUUGCCACGGCAGUCAUGUGACAUCACAUGAUGCCACACUCGUCUACCAAAGACUUGUCAAGAAACUCAGAAAACAGAUUGAAGGCCCGGUUUCUUGCUCUGCCUACCACCCUCUCCUCCCUCUCCUCUCUUCCGCCCUCCUGAGACUUUCACUCUUUACCAGUCAUUUCACCGACAAUGAUGGACCACCAGCUGGCAAAGACAGACCACCAACUGCCAAAGAUGGACCACCAGCUGCCAAAGAUGGACCACCAACUGCCAAAGUGGGAACCAAAGAUGGACCGGCAGCUGGUAAAGAUGACCCUCUCUCUAUGUGUCAGGAAGGACUGGAUCUUCUGGAGAGGAGUGUGCUGCACCCUGACCUCUGCCUCAAAUCAAGCCUCAUCUCCCAGAAAGUGUCCCUGAUCUGGAGAGAUCCUGCCACAGAGAGAGCCCAGCUCACCAAGGAACUCCUGCUAGCCAUCACCAGCUUCUCCGAUAACAAAGUUGACUACAGAAAGUUAUUUAUCAGCUGUUUCGAGGUUGCAUGGCUUCUCUGUGAAGCCAUACCCCAGCAGGAGGCCCCACCCACCGAGGCCCCGCCCACAAUCAAACCCAAGAUCUCUCGCAGUGUCUCCGGCCUUGCAAAGAAGACGAGUCCGUCUCGAUCCACCAGGGAGGGGACAGAGACAAGGAGAGUCAGAUCUCUACCAGACCUGACCAGGAAAGAGACAUACAAUGCAUGGUGUGCCGUCAAGACAGCCCGGCGAUCUCUCCAGGCCAAGGAAUGCCUCCAGGGUCUUACCUCACAGCUGCACCACCCCGAACUGUCCAAGCCACUCUCGGACAAGGCUCUCGGUGAUCUACCGGAGUUUGCCCUCACGGAACUCUGUCAUGGAGGAGAGGACUCCACUCUCUCUUGCCUUCUCUCUUCAUCUGAGGCGCCGCCAGCUGAACUACUGCUCCCCAGAGCUCAGCCGGUCCCGGCUACUAAGAUUACCUGGUUUCAGAUGGUCUCAUACGCCUACUCCCUCCUCACUCGCUGCUUCUGGCCUCAAACCCUCACCCCCUCACCCAACUCCCAGCUACCCAACAUUCACACCCUCACCCCUUCACUCCACUCCCAGUACCAGGCCGUGGCGUCGUUUCUGCAGUACCGUCUCCCGGUAUUCUCCUCCUCCUGCUCCCUCCCCUCACUCCCUCCCUCACUCCUCCCCACCGCACCUCCACCGAGUGCCAAACCACAGCUCCACCAACACCUGGGAGCCAGCGAGGGAGAAAUGACUGUCGUGUGGCACAGACCUCAACCAAAUUCUCAUCUUGCACUCCACAUCUCUUCUGAUAGACGAGCCGGUCUUCUUCUGAACAAGUCAAGAAACGAUUCAGGAGAAAAAUAUGCAACCGAUUCAGCUGACAGAGCCGAAACAGCUGUCCUGGAUGAAGUCACGUCCAAAUCACACGACCUCGAUGAUGUCACAAGCGGAUCACGUGACCAAAAGGAUGACAUCAUCCUGGGUCUGUUUGGCUUCAAUAGGAAGGCAGUGAAGCCCCCACCUCAGUCAGGUCCACCAGUUACACCAGCAGUCGAGGUGUUUGCUGUGAGCGUCAGAUCAGGUGACCUGGACCAGUUGAGACACACAUGGAGACAGCUGUCCGGAGCUGCACAAGGCCUCUUGGACAAUCGGUUAGCUGGACGUCCCAUUUCCCGAUCGCCGUCCCGUCAGAGGAAGCAGGUUGAAAAGAACCAGCAAGUCCAGGCCAGCAUGAAGGAAAAGCUGGCUGAUGGAGUGAAGGAACUGUCUAAAGCUCUGGGCAGGGUCGCCAAUGAGGAAGAAGAGCUGCCUCAUUUGGAGCAACACCUGCUGUCUGCUGUCCUCUCUCUUCUCCCUCCUCCCUCCCUCCCCUCCUCGCUCACCUCACACGGUGACACCUUCCACUUCCUCCACCACCUCUUCCACACCACUAGCCCCGCCCACUGCCACACCCACUAAUAAAUAUCACAGCUGUGACCCAAUAUGUAAUUCUGG